UGCAAUUUUGUGUAUUUUCGUUUACAAUAAAAAGCCGUCUUCGUAAAAACAAUUAUUUCAAAUUGAAGUUAUCACAAUAACAAUAAAAUAAUUAUGAAAAUAGAAAACAUCUACACGUCCAUAGCCUGCAAUCGAACUCCCGAAAGUGCAGACUGGGGUAAUAAUGGCUUGAUAGUGUUUGCCGCCUGUAAUUCCAUUGCGAUAUUCGACCCAAAUUUAAAAGAAUCGGCAAAGAUCACCCAAACAUUUAUCCAACAUACCAAACGUGUCACUACUGUUAAAUGGAUUGCAAGAUCUCCAGGUGCCAUUGAGACAGAGUUUCUUUCUGGUUCUGAUGACGGAUUAGCUAUUUUGUGGGACAUUUCGGAUCCCAAGAAUGUGACAACCAAAGUUUUGAAAGGCCACGAAAGUGGAGUCAACUUCCUCGAUGGAGUGUAUGUCAAUGGGCAGCUUACUAUUGCUACAGCUUCUACCGACUCCUCUAUUAAACUAUGGACUCUAAAUUCUGAGACUUCCCAAUUCGAGUGUUAUCAGACGAUACUUCUGCGAAGUGGGUUCUGCUUUGCAAUCAGAAUUACCUCACUCCCAGGUACACAACAACUGCUGUUGGCGUUUUCUUCGGACGACGAUAGCAUCUCAUUGUGGACAAAUAAAAAUGGCAACUCAAUGGAGAAGAUUCAUCAACUAAUUGGCCACGAAGACUGGGUACGUGGCUUGGAUUUUGUCACUACCGACAAUGGUGAUCUGUUACUGGCUAGUUCCUCUCAGGAUAACUUCAUAAGGCUUUGGAGAAUCUCGCCCAGAACCGAGGAUCAAGUAAGUCGAAAUGAAAUUGAUAUACUAAACAUCGCCGAUGGAGAAAUUCGUGUCGAGGAAAAGAUAAUCCAAGUCGCCAAGACUGGCAACUCGCAAUGGUUUGCCGUCAGCUUAGAAUCUGUAUUAUAUGGACAUGAAGGAUGGGUGUACGGUGUCCAUUGGCAUAGUAGUACCAAAGGUCUUCAACUGCUCUCUGCAUCUAUAGACAAGUCGAUUAUAAUUUGGCAGCCAACUGAAGACGGCGUUUGGAUGGAAAAAGUCCGUGUCGGCGGAGUUGGGGGUAAUUCGUUGGGAUUCUUUGGGGGUAAAUUUGCCAGUGACGGAAAGUCUAUUCUUGGAUUUAGUUUUCAAGGUGGUUUUCACAUUUGGAAUCAAUCGCAUGAAAAUGAAUGCAUUUGGACACCGAAUGUCAUUGUUGGUGGACACUUCGGAGAAGUUCGUGACCUCGGCUGGGAACCUGAAGGUGCCUUUUUAUUAUCUGUUUCAGCUGAUCAAACUACCAGACUGCAUGCUCCAUGGGUUCGUCCUGAUAGAUCAGAACAAACGUGGCACGAGCUGGCUCGUCCACAAGUUCAUGGUUACGACAUGCAAACGAUUGCGGUCCUAUCUCGUUACAAGUUCGCUAGCGGAGCAGAGGAAAAAAUUGUACGCACCUUCCAGGCAACGGCAAAUUUUGUAGAAAACUUUAAGACUAUUACCAAAACUAAUGAUGACCAAGAAGGCAAUGUAAUCUUGGAAAGUUUGCCGAAGGGUGCUUCUGUGCCUUCAUUAGGUCUAUCCAAUAAAGCUGUUUACACUGUCGAUGAAUCACCACAACAAAAACACGUAAAGGAUGAGUAUCCAGAAAACUAUUUUGUUCCCGUGUCGUUGAGUACACCACCGCAAGAAGAAACUCUUAUGCAAAAUACACUUUGGCCGGAAGUUCAAAAACUCUACGGUCAUGGAUUCGAGAUAUACGCAUUAGCAGCAUCCAGUGAUGGUCAAAUAUUAGCAUCUUCAUGUCGAGCAACAAAUGCAGAAUACGCUCAAAUCAUUUUGUGGAGCACGGCAACAUGGAAACAAGUCCAGAAGCUAUCAUCGCACCAACUGACAGUUACACAAAUGCGAUUUUCCCCCGAUAAUAAAUAUCUUCUAUCUGUGUCCCGCGAUAGACGUUUGAGCGUUUUUGAAAACAAGUCAACAAAAGAAUCAAUAUCAUUUGAAAUGGUUUCGACAACCGAUAAAACAAAUGGGAUCCACACCCGCAUUAUUUGGUCAUGCGAUUGGUCUCAUGAUUCCAAAUUAUUUGUUACCUCAUCGAGAGACGGAAAGGUUGUUGUUUGGACGAAGAGUAGCAAAUCAACGGACACAAGUCUACGAGACUGGCAUUCUGUGGAUACACUUGAGCUUAAAAACGAAUCCAUAACUGCAGUUGCAUUUGAUGAUAAAUUCCGUAACGGUGAAGAAGGGCAUUAUCUGCUGGCACUAGGAUUCGAAAGUGGAAAAAUAAAAUUGUGUUCAUUAAAUGGAGGAAAAUUGAAAAUUCUUUUGAAUAUAGAGCAAAGGGAUGCGCAUCAUUUAACUGUGAGAAAGCUACAAUUUAGGCCCAAGGCCAAAGGAAUUGAUUUGGCUAGUUGUGGAGAUGAUCAUUUAGUUAGAAUUUAUAGAAUUUGUAUUUAAUUAAAAAAAUAUUAUUCUGAAAAAAUUAAAUAAUUUUAUUUCAAUUCAGUGGA